UUAUCUCCAUCAUUCUCACACACUCAUCACUAAUUCAUUUCCGUUCCAUUUCCCUCUGAAUUUUUCUUUCUCCAAUUUUCUUUCCAUUUCCGAAGGAAAAUUCUAAAACCCUAAUCAUCAUCAUCAUCAUGAGUCUUCUCAAAGCUGCUAUAACCGCUUCUUCUUCACAAUCACUUUCUCUAUUCAACUCUGAAAACGCGCGUUUGGUUCCUUUUCUUAAUAGAGGAAGUAAAUUGGAUCGAAUUGCGGUUUCUGCUACGAAAGGUUCGAGCAAUAACCGUGUUUUAACCGGUGUUUUGUUUGAACCUUUUGAAGAAGUGAAAAAGGAACUUGAUCUUGUUCCUAUUGUUCCUCAAGAUUCUCUUGCUCGUCAUAAAUUUAAUGUUGAAUCUGAAUCCGCCAUUAACGAACAAAUCAAUGUGGAGUAUAAUGUUUCGUAUGUUUACCAUGCAAUGUAUGCGUAUUUUGAUAGAGACAAUGUUGCUUUGAGAGGUCUUGCUAAGUUUUUUAAGGAAUCGAGUGAAGAGGAAAGAGGGCAUGCUGAGAAAUUGAUGGAAUAUCAGAACAAAAGAGGUGGGAAAGUCAAGUUGCAGUCUAUAGUGAUGCCACUUUCUGAGUUUGAUCAUGCUGAUAAGGGUGAUGCACUGCACGCAAUGGAACUAGCUUUGUCAUUGGAAAAGCUAACGAAUGAAAAACUCCUUAACCUGCACAAUGUUGCCUCAAAGACUGGAGAUGUUCAGUUGGCAGACUUUGUGGAAAGUGAGUUUUUGGGUGAACAGGUGGAAGCCAUCAAAAAAAUCUCUGAGUAUGUUGCUCAGCUAAGAAGAGUUGGCAAAGGACAUGGUGUCUGGCAUUUUGAUCAGACUUUGCUCGAAGAGGAAGCAGCUGCAGCUUAAUGAUUAUAUUUUCCUCCCUUUAGUCAUUUGUAUCUGUUAAUAUAGAUGACUUAAAGUCUAUUUGCUAGAGCUAGAAGUUUGAACUGAACCAUGCUGAAUAAAAUUAAUGUGGAUUGUUUUUGGUCA